AAGGCUAGAAGCAAUGGCUUUGUGGGCGACUCUCACCCUGGCGAUGGCCUGCCUGGUGGUGGCCCAUGCCAAAACGCUCGGCGUAGUUCACACCGAAGGGGGAUUUGUUGAAGGAACCAAUAAGAAGAUUGGGGUUGUCUUCCCCGAUUACAUUGAUAUUUUCAAAGGGAUCCCUUUCGCUGCUCCUCCCAAGCCCUUCGAAAAAGCUGAGAAGCACCCGGGAUGGUCAGGUACCCUACAGGCUAAAGACUACAAGCCGCGCUGUUUGCAAGCCACCAUCACCCAAGACAAUGUCUUCGGAAGCCUAGAUUGUCUCUAUCUGAACGUCUGGGUGCCUCAGACCCGCUCUCAAGUGUCCACAAAUCUCCCCGUUAUGGUAUGGAUCUUCGGAGGGGGGUUUUUACUUGGCAGCGGUCAAGGAGCCAACUUCCUGAGCAACUACCUGUACGACGGGGAAGAAGUUGCCAUGCGCGGCAAGGUCAUUGUAGUGACCUUCAACUACCGCGUGGGACCCUUGGGAUUUCUCAGCACUGGCGACUCUAAUGCUCCUGGUAACUAUGGGCUGUGGGAUCAGCAUAUGGCCAUCGCCUGGGUGAAGAGGAACAUUGCAGCAUUUGGCGGGGACCCGAACAACAUCACCCUGUUUGGAGAGUCAGCUGGAGGUGCUAGCGUUUCACUCCAGACACUGACCCCGUACAACGUGGGACUGAUUAAGCGGGCCAUCAGUCAGAGUGGCGUGGGCCUGUGCCCCUGGGCCAUUCAGCGGGACCCUCUCACUUGGGCCAAAUCGCUUGCGUCAAAGCUCGGGUGCCCUGUGAAUAAUACCAAAGAGCUGGCAGAUUGCUUGCGAAACACAGACCCAGGCGCCCUCACUAUAGCCUAUCAGCUGCAACUGUUUAACCUUGAAUAUCCUUUAGUCCAUUACUUGGCCUACUCCCCGGUCAUAGAUGGAGACUUCAUCCCUGAUGAACCCAGGAACCUAUUCUCCAACGCAGCGGGGGUCGACUACAUAGCGGGGGUAAACAACAUGGAUGGACAUCUUUUUGCCGGCGUCGAUUUGCCUGCUAUAAACCAGCCUCUCCACAAAAUCAGCACCGAACAGGUCCAGAAAGUGGUGCGGGGCUUAACCCUAGCCAAAGGGGUGCCGGCACUCGAUAUUGCGUACGAUCUUUACACAGCCGGCUGGGGGACCAAUCCCAGUCAAGAAGACAUGAAGAGGACGGUCGUGGAAGUGGAAACAGACUAUAUCUUCCUGGUGGCUACUCAGGAGGCUCUGGCGCUACACUACCAGAAUGCCAAGGGCGCCAAGACAUACAGCUAUAUGUUCAGCCACCCAAGCCGUAUGCCCGUUUACCCCAGCUGGAUGGGGGCUGACCACGCCGAAGAUCUGCAGUUUAUGUUUGGCAAACCGUUCUCCACCCCGCUGGCUUACAGACCCAGAGACAGAGAUGUGGCCCAGUACAUGAUUGCAUAUUGGACCAACUUUGCGGCGACUGGAGACCCCAGUAAAGGCGAAUCCAGCAUUCCUACCCCCUGGCUAGCCUACUCAACUGAGAAUGGCCAAUACCUGGAAAUCAACCACAAGAUAAACUACCAGUCCAUGAAGCAGAGCUUGCGUUCUCCCUACGUCAGAUUCUGGGCACAAACGUUUAUAAAUUUGCCAAAUGCAUAACAGGUUCAAAUGACUGCUUAUUAAACAAUUUAUUUUUGCAGCUUUA